UGUUUAAUUGUUAUUGAUAAAGAAGAAACAAAUCCUUUUUGUAGAAAACACUAUAAAUACAAUAACAAAUGUUAUAAACGUCAAUUAAUUAAACAAUAAUGAAAAUACUCUGUGAGACACAAGUAAUAAAUCGUCUGACACAGACGAGCAAGGCGCCUCGAAUGGUCAAAGCCACCUUGGCGGUGGGCUUCAAUACUUCAGCCAAGGAUAGCAAUGGCCAAAGUAAAAAAGAUUUAGAAAUUAUACAUUUCACACCGCAAGACAAAACAGGCAAACGCUACAAAGUGAAGAAUAAUAUAGAGAAAAUGUUUACAAAAUUUCUCAAAGAUGGCAAAGCAACCAUAAGUUUUAUACAGCCUGCAGAGAAUUUAAUGAUUAAAUGUGAUCCCAUACAGCUCAAGGGUUUCCUGCAGACUUUGAAAUUGGGCUUAGAGGGCAAAGACUCCAUAAAUUUGAGAAUGAAUAUAGCGGCUGCCACAGCCAUACCACAGAAAUCGCAACCACAAACAAAGAUGUCAGUUUUAAAUAGAGGAGAUUAUCCAACAAAAGGUUUUCCCAGAACUUUAAAAUCCUUGACUAUAUCUGGCAUACAACUAUGUAAGGUGACUUAUGAAGUUUGUUCGUUAAGAAACUUGACGAUGUUGAAUUUAAGUUUUAAUACCAUAGAAAAAAUACCCAAUGAAAUGGGCCGACUACAAUUGACUGAACUACAUUUAAACAACAAUAAUUUGGGUGAUAAAAAUUGCUGGCAAUGGUUGCAGGGCAAAAAUCUGCAAGAAUCUUUAAGAGAGCUAGAUCUCUCGGCCAAUAAACUAGAAUAUUUUCCACCAGUUUUAAUUAAAUUGGAAAAACUAGUGACUUUGAAAAUCAAUAAUAAUUUAUUGAAACGUAUACCAUUUGGUGUAAGACGCAUGCGUAGCUUACGUUUUUUGCACAUGUCUUCGAAUCAAUUGGAGUCACUGCCGGCUGCUUUUAACAACAAUCGCCUAGAGAUGUUAGAUGUAUGGGGCAAUAACUUUCAGCCACAAAAAGAAUACGAUUUAGAACAAAAAACUACAAAUUCCAAUGCUUGUUCAUCGGUACAAAAUUUACAUACAGCCACUCCCCUAUGGCUGUUGGCUUCACGCUCUGUGUGCCAACAUAAAUUGCCUUAUUCAACGGCCAGUUUACCAUGGAUUUUAGUGGAUAUUUUAUCAGAAGCUCCCAAGUGUGCCUGUGGUAAAUUGUGUUAUGGCGAUGUAGUAUUGGAACGUGCUGCCUUGGCCACUUUUGAAAAUGUUAAGAAUUUAGUAUUUAGUCGAGAUCGUUUGAUCUAUGCUGACAUUGUUUUAUGUGGCUCACAGUGUGCGGGUCGAAAACAAAUGGUGGCUUCAUAGUCUUUAGUUUUAAUUGUAGUUUUUUUUUUCUAAAAAUUUUUACAUUGUUUUUAGUAUUUUGUAACUUUUUCAGUAGAAUAUUAUUUU